ACCUGCCCCCGCAUCCUAUUUUUUUGUGUCACAUCCAAAUUACCAGUUGGCCGCAUGGAGUUUCGGCGACUAAUAUUCCUCUUGUUCUUCUUUUUGUUCUCUUUCACUUCCAUAGUGCCCACACCCUUUUGCUUAUCUCUGGGCCUGCAAAUUCCUAUCCAUGAAAAAUGCUUGAAUUUCUCAACAGAACAUGGAAAAUUUUCAAUGAGAGAACAGAUUGUUGGGUUGGCUAAUGACCCAGAAACAGUGAAAUGGAUGAAGAAAAUAAGGAGAAAACUUCACGAAUACCCAGAGCUUGCAUAUGAAGAAUUCCAAACCAGUGAGCUUAUCAGGCAUGAGCUUGACCAACUUGGUGUUCCAUAUCGGUGGCCGGUGGCACAUACCGGCGUUGUAGCUACUAUUGGGUCCGGUUCUCCACCUUUUGUUGCUCUCAGAGCAGAUAUGGAUGCUCUGCCUAUUCAGGAAUUGGUGGAAUGGGAGCACAAAAGCAAAGUGGACGGCAAAAUGCAUGCUUGCGGCCAUGACGCGCACGUCACUAUGCUACUUGGUGCUGCCAAGAUACUUCAACAACUUCAGGACAAAAUAGAGGGAACAGUUGUUCUUAUAUUCCAACCCGCUGAGGAGCGCGGUACAGGAGCAGAGAACAUGAUCAAAGAAGGUGUGCUUGAUAAUGUUGAGGCCAUUUUGGGACUGCACGUAGUGAGUAGGUACCCUAUAGGUGUUGUUGCAUCAAGGCCAGGGGAGUUUCUAGCUGGUUGUGGGAGCUUCAAAGCAAAGAUCAGUGGAAAAGGUGGUCAUGCAGCUAUUCCACAGCAAUCCAUUGAUCCUAUUUUGGCAGCUUCAACAUCUGUAAUUAGUUUGCAAAACAUUGUUUCCAGGGAGAUAGAUCCUUUAGAUUCCCAGGUUGUUACUGUGGCUAUGAUUCAAGCAGGGACUACAUUUAAUGUCAUCCCCGACUCGGCCACUAUUGCCGGUACUUUCAGAGCAUUCAGCAGGAAAAGCUUUGUCGCAUUGAGGGAAAGAAUAGAAGAGGUUGUUAAAAGGCAAGCUGCUGUACACCGGUGCUCUGCCGAGAUUGAUUUCGUUGGAGGAGAACAUCCCAAUAUUCCUCCAACCGUGAAUGAUGAGAAAAUUUAUGAACAAGUAAGACAGAUCUCGAACGGAAUAGUUGGAGAAGAAAAUGCAGUGUUAGCCCCAAGCUUCAUGGGGAGUGAGGAUUUUGCUUUCUACUUGGAUAAAGUACCGGGAACAUUCCUGUUUUUAGGGGUACAAAAUGACAAGAUUGGAGCUAUACAUCAACAUCAUAGCCCUUACUACAGUAUAGAUGAGGAUGUAUUACCCACUGGAGCUGCAAUACAUGCAGCUUUUGCAAUUUCUUACCUUUCUGAUUCAAACUGCAGAAACUUAAAUUCUCAUAGCCAUAGCUAGACUGAUGUUUAUAUAAGUUUUCUCACUUCUUCUCCAAAUUGCUCCAUUGAAUGCUAAAAAAUUUCAUCUUUUAGUACUCCAUUUGUUUCUUGUUAAUCUUUGAGGAGGAUAAGCUUUUAGAGAACUACAGAUUUUAGGUACAAAAUUGUGUAUGGUAUAUUAGCAUUAAUUUUGUGCAUCAGGACAACAUGUGAACUCAGUAAAUCAUACCCAUUUUGGGAGGUUUUCAGUUCAAUUACAAAAUAUUCUUUAUCUUAA